GGCAAAUGGUAAUUGGCGUUGUUUUGCAAAUGACGUACAAAGAUGUUCUCCUCCUUUAACUGACAUUUCAAAUUAGGCACGAUUUGUCUUCUUGGCCUCCCCCCAAGUCUUGGUAAUCUUAGAAAGGCAACCAGAUAACCAUACAUUCUGACCGAACACAUGAAUAGCCACACAAAAAGGGCGCCCUUUGAAACGGCGGUUAGAGGCGCUGAACACGGUCCAACUUUCGUGGAGAAUCGCCCGCUCUUUCCAUUGGAGUUGCCUGUUCUUCGGCAAAACUCGCGAGAAAGGCCCACUCCGUCAAAAGCCAGAAGGACGUUGAAGAAGACAGAUUGGCUCUUUGGACGGGAUAAAGUGAGACUUUUUGGUGUUGGGUGUACAGCGUGCGAAGAAAACACGUGCUUGUAAAAGUGGAGGACAAUUUGGUCGCUCAAUUGAAAAAGCCCAGUGAAACAGGAUUCUCCUAAUCGUUUGUGACCAAACAUUGGGAGGCACAAUCCAAAUCCAUCGAUCUAACUUCGCUUCGAAGUGGAAUCAGAAUUAUGACUUUGAACACGAACAUGUACCAUAAAGCAAACAACUUUUGAAGUAGCUCCCCAUUGUGUGUGUGAACGUGAACCAUGUCUAAACUUUGAGGAGCCACAAUGUAUCCAGAGCCAACAAUGAGCAUCUCGGUUCAAACCCAGCUCGACGGAAACGAAAUGGAGGAUCCCACUUUGUCGUCUUUCGCGUCCAUUCUCGAAGACCCGGAUUUCAAUGGACAAGACGAGGUGCUUUUGAUGGAACCACAGGCGUUCCAGAUCGAUAUGUCGGGCGAAAGAAAUUACUCAGAUCUCCCCAGUGAUAUGCAUUUCAACUCUGCCCAUGUGAUCUCGAUCUCGGCCUACAGCGCUCUCUUUUUGGUGUCCUCAGUGGCCAAUUUGACCGUACUUUACAUACUAAUUCGUCGUUAUCGGAAGAUCAAAUCCCGAGUGAACCUUCUCCUUAUCAAUCUGGCCAUUGCCGAUCUCCUGGUCACUUUUCUGAUGAUGCCAUUGGAGAUUGGAUGGGCGGCUACCGUUAUGUGGACAGCUGGGGACGUUCUUUGUCGGGUGUUCUCGUUCUUCCGAAUCUUUGGCCUCUUCUUGUCCAGCAAUGUGCUCAUAUGCAUCUCUAUAGACAGGUUUUAUGCGAUCGUUUGUCCUUUGGCUUCGGGCAAGGCCUCCCAAAAAAUGACGGUGCUUUUGACUUCGGCUUGGGUUGUCUCCAUUUUGGAAGCCUCCCCCCAGAUCUACAUUUUCCACGUGGAGGCUCAUCCACAAUUCACGUGGUACACACAGUGUGUCACCUACAAUUCGUUCCCUUCUGCGGCUUGGGAAACGGCCUACACAAUCUUUGGCAUGGUCAUGAUGUAUUUGGUGCCAUUGCUUGUCAUCAUCAUCACUUACACGUUUAUCUUGCUCACCAUUUACCAGAAGAGCCAUGCUGCCACAUCGUCAGACGGGAACGGUCUUCGUCGAUCUGGAGGCGUCUUGAACCGUGCUCGGGCUCGAACCUUGAAGAUGACCGUGGUGAUCGUGUGUGUUUUUAUCUUUUGCUGGACUCCGUAUUACAUCAUCACUCUUUGGUUUCUGAUCGACAAGGAUUCUUUCAUGAAGAUGGACCAACGUGUUCACAAUUCUCUCUUCAUCUUUGCGUGCACCAAUUCCGUCAUGGACCCCAUUGUGUACGGAUUCUUCAACUUGCGCAAGAGCCGUUCACCAAACCAACGGAUUCCGAACCAUCACACUGAACUCACUCCUAUGGCCGGACAUUUGCAUGGACCCAACCCGCAUUCCGAGUCGCUUCUCCGCAAACACGGCUGCAAUGUUUAAAUCUCAAGAACCGAGGUUCGGCGGACGAACUUGUGUUCCUUUCAUGUGGUGUUAUUGUUGAUGUGAAUAACCAAUUUUGAUCUAGUACCUUGUAUUUUGACGAAAUAAAACUAGAAUAGCCACUAACUAUCCAAGAUCUGAGGAUCAUGCUUGGUCAUAUUUGGCUAGUUUCGCUUCUAUCCUUGGACAUAUUUCAUCUCGUUAUGUUCGUUAGACCUAGAGACUAGACUGUAUUAUGUGGGAACCUAGAGGUUACUUAAUGAGUUCAUUUUUUGAUCUCGUACCUUUCUCAGGUGGAUAAUCCCCGAUUAGGGUAAUGUCUAACCUUGAGCACUAAUCACAUUAUGAGCCCCAAUGUCAAUUUUUAUGGUUUUGGUUCUUAUCUAAGAACUUGCGCAAGAUACCGUAACAAGUCUCAUUGUGAAUAUUUUUUAGUAAACAGUCAACUCUUC